AUGGCUGUCAACUCGCAUUACUUGAGUACGGACAGAGGUGUGAUCAAGAUUAUACAAAUCAUUCUCGGAUUUGUGGUGUGUUCGGUUUUGUGCGCUAACUGGUGAGUCAACUGAUUUUUUUUUGAUAAUUUUAAACUGGUCUUUUUGAUAAGUUUUUAAAACCUUUUUUAAUCAUCAAAAUAGACUCUUCUAUGAAUUACGGUUAGAUAAUAAAUGUGACAGGCAAAGCCAACUUUCAAGCCUUGGGCUGAAAUUUUAAACAUACGACAAAAUCUAGCCCAAGUUUGUUUCAAAAUUUAAACUUACAAUUCAAAUUCGCCUCAGGGGGAAAUACUCUUUCAGUAAAAAUGGCUUUGGAUAUAUCUAUAUAUUAAUACAAUGAUACGUUUAAUAUUUGAUACUUUAACUUUUUUUUAAUUUUUAGGUAUGGCGGAGCAUCUUGCUUUGGCGAAGGCCGUAUUGGCUUCGUCAGUGGACUUAACUUUGUCGCCCUGAUCAUCAAUAUUAGUAAGUUCUUUAACUUUUAAAACCACAAUCAUUUUCAAGUUUUUCAUUUCUAUUAACAUUGUAAAUAACACGUACUUGAACCUAACACUAAACGUGUAAAACUAGCCAACACAAUAUAAUCAUUCAAUGACACAAUAGAAAACCUUACCAUACCUAAACUCAUACUUUUCAGUUUUGUUCCUUCUGAAUCUCUGCGAAUUCUCGAUGCCAAAGCUCGAGAGUCUGUACAACAUGAUCAUGACCUUGAUGUUUGUCGUCGCUGCCGUUCUGUUCAUCUGGUACAUGAUCCAAUGGGGCGCUUUUGGUAUCUGGAUGAUUGUGACAGCCAUCAUCGUGGUUGUCAUGGGUUUGGCCUUCAUGGUGGAUGCUAACGCAUCUCGUCAUCAACAUCAAGACCACAUUCCCAUCUGA